AAGCGAUUCUUCAAUCUUUCCACCGGCAUGUCAGUUCUUCUUCAACGACUCCCCGAUACUGUACCGACUAUGGGAGCGUCCGCAGCCGGAAGUGACGGCAGACUACAUCCAUUUUUUACUGCACCGCGCCCACAACUCCUAAACGAAGAGCACCAUGACGAGCUCCAAGCCGCUCCUGGCCACAGCCCAGAACAGAAUGCUGCCGCUGGUCCAGAAUUGGCUUUGAGUAGGGAAGGGGAGCAGCCAGACACGCAACAUAGCGAGCUCAAGAUGCAGAAGCGAAAAUCGGAGGCCACUGAGGGAAACACAGGCAAGAAGAGACGGGGCAGACCGAGAAAAGUACAACAAUCCACCGAUACAACUAGAGACGAUGCUUCGGUUUCUUCACAGGAUGUGGCUGGACCACUUGAUACCAGCACAUCCAACGACCAUACCCUGCAAGAAACGGUCGAUAACAUCCGUAGAUCCUUGCCACCAGUUCUUCCUCCAUCUUGCCACCGGGGACCCCAAAAUGAAACGACAAGUACAGUCGUGGCUGUACCCACGGAUAUAAAUGUAGAUGCAGGUGUCAAGCCUAAGAAGAUGUUGAAUUUCAACGUCAAGUCAGGGACUCUUGGCUCUCCCCCGCACCCCAAGGAAAAUCCCAUGAAGACAUCACCAAACUCGAAACCCACGAAGGCUCGCGGCACGCGGAUUGCGAAGAAACUCUCGCUGAUAGUAUCAGUCAAAUACGGCAUGGAUGAACAUGCGCGUUUGAGGAUUGGCAAUAGGAUCGAAGAGAUUUUCAAGACGCAACGCUACGAUAGUUCUGCGCCAUCUGCAACUGCAAAGGAUCUACCAGCAACAAACCCCCCUCAGGUCGACGCCAAAAUCCAAAAUCAGGCCACAUCCAACAAAAAGACUCACCCUUUCUUCCUUGCCAAGGCGCAAAAGACAAAUGCACCAUUAGAGAAACAGGCCACUGAGAAGAUACCCGCCGAUUCAACAGCACACAAGGUUUUCACCUCGACCCCCUGUUCCCCCAAAAGACCACGAGCCCAGCCACUAGACGCUGCACAAUCUAUGGGCAAAGGUCAAAUUCAGUUUGGAACAAGACAUCUGGGCCUCAAAAUACCCGGGGCAUGUCUUCCUCCAUGGCCUUGGAAAGGGGCUGUCCGCAUAGGAGAAGACGACACAGCCCCGAAGCCACAGCAGCCGGCCUUGUAUCGCUCUUGCAAAAAAUCCAAAGGGAACGCCACACUAAUCAAGCUGGAUGAGUCGAUUAUAACGCAGCUUACUGCUCAACUUCAAAUACCUGCUGUGGUUGAGCAGCUCAGAAAUGUCGAUACCGAUAGGUUCACGCCAGCUCCUCGUGAACUUCGACUUCCUCGGAAACAUUGCGAGAGUGGGAGAAAACUGCAAGAAAGGAUAAGGAGCCAACUCAAAACUCUCGAGUCCAACCUUGGCACUGCUAGAUUCUUUGAAUCUGUAAAGUCUAGUCUUGCCGCACACGAUCGGUCGCAAUGCGAGUCACAGGCUUGGACACAAAAGUACGCUCCUACAUCUGUUUCCGACGUUCUCCAGGCGGAGAGGGAAACAAGCCUACUCAAAGAGUGGCUCGUUGCUCUUCAAGUCCAGUCCGUCGACACUGGCGCUGAUGCUGCGCUUGCACGGGGGAAAGGGACCCCUAAAGGAAUAGAUGCGACGGCGCAAAAGAAACGGAAACGGAGAAAGCUUGAUAAUUUUAUUGUCUCGAGUGACGAUGAUGAUAAUGAACUAAACGAACUAUCCGAGCCGGAAACCGAAUCAUCUUUGCCAGUCACUGGAAGCUUUUCGAAGAGAACAGUCAUUCGGUCAAGCAACACCGCUUCAUCCAAGGCUGGCAAGGAAAUGCCACGCCUAAAGAACGCAGUUGUCAUCAGUGGCCCUCACGGAUGUGGAAAGACCGCAGCUGUUUAUGCGGUGGCCAAAGAACUCGGCUUCGAAGUAUUUGAGAUCAGCCCCGGCAGCCGUCGUAAUGGUAAAGACAUACUCGAGAAGAUCGGGGAUAUGACCAGGAAUCAUCUUGUGCAGCACCAUCAAGCAAGCGCAGUCAUCCCGGGCGAUGAGGACGCAUGUGUGCCUAUUGACGAUGGAGUUGCGAAGGAGGUGCAGUCUGGAAAGCAAGCAACCAUGGGCUCAUUUUUCAAACCAAACACCAAUCCGAAACCGAUGCCAAAGCCACAACCAGUAACAAACCCGGUAGCUUCUACAAAGCAACCAGAGACAAAGAAAGCCCCAUCCAAGAUUCAGAAACAGUCAUUGAUUCUGCUGGAGGAGGUCGACAUCCUCUAUGAGGAAGACAGGAAUUUUUGGACAACGGUGAUGGGACUUAUGGCACAAUCUAAACGACCUUUCAUCAUAACUUGCAAUGAUGAGUCUCUGGUUCCUCUUCAGGCACUUGAUCUUCAUGGUAUAUUUCGCUUCAACCCACCUGCUAUUGACGUUGCUGUCGAUCGACUUUUGAUAAUGGCGGCACAUGAAGGGCACGCCCUCCAAAGAGGUGCUGUCGAAUCAUUGUAUGUAUCGCGAGGCCAAGAUAUCCGUGCGUCAAUUGCCGAUUUGAACUAUUGGUGCCAAAUCGGUGUUGGCGAUCGCAGAGGUGGUUUUGAUUGGUUCUACCUGAGAUGGCCAAAAGGAAUUGACCGGGACGAAGCCGGGGAUAUCGUGCGCGUUGUCAGUGAAGACACAUAUCAGGAAGGAAUGGGCUGGCUGGAUAGAACACCUGAGCAAGGAGCUCAGGAGGGAUGCCGUGGCGAGGAGACCCUGAUGCAACAUGCUUGGGAUCACUUUGGUCUCGACAUAGGUCUGUGGCAGGAUUCUCAACCCAUGAAGUCGUGGGCCCAGGAUUGCAGCGUCUCAGGUGACGGAUCGUCUGCUUCACGGCUGGCGGCUCUCGAGGCAUAUGACAGUUUCACGGACGUCAUGAGCAUUGCUGAUUUGAGCUCUGCUAUGGAGACAAUAUCGUCUAAAGAGCUUUCAAUCGACGCAACCCUUCCACCGCUCCCAUCUAAGGCCAGAGAAGACUUUACGCUUGGCCGGAUACUCAUUGAAGCGACGCCAGUUGCAAGUUACGAUGCCUUGGACACCUCGAUCUCGGUUUGUCUAAAGGCGAUGGGCAAACAAGAGCUCCGUCAGACACGCGCAAAUCAAGACUUGUCUUCCGGUCAAGAUGGUCUCGCUCCACUGGAAGAAGAUCAAGCCAUUCCCGCAAUCCGGAACCAUCUCAACGGGCCGUCGUUAGCGGCCCCUGCUGUGAACCGGCUCGACUUCGCCAUCGCCUUUGAUCCGAUAGCUGUCUCGGAAGAAGCGGCAGCAGCCGGGCCCUCCUCCCAUCUCGACCCGUCAGUGUGGGACCGGACGAUGAAGAUUAUCACACUAGAUGUGGCGCCGUUUGUCAGGGGAAUCGUCGCCUUCGACAACCAUCUUCAUCAACAACGCAUGAAGUUGAGCAACCUGAUGAGCCAAGGCGGCACCGGUCCAAAGAAGCGGAUGCGAACCACCCGCGCAGCGUAUUCGGCCAUGGAGGGAGGCCAGAGGAGUACCACCCGCGCCGAAAAGUGGUUCAAGGCAGACAUUAACCCCUAUUUCGUCAAGGCCACCGCACCCAGGGGCUGUGCGGAUUUAGUGCCGAUAUCAGCCAUCAUCGAGGCGGAUGACAGAAGCACGGCCGGUGAGAUCGCAGGACUGGGGUCGUCCUGCGACGAAAGCGAUCCUGCACCCCAACCGGCAGUUAAAAAUAGAGGGAGGAACAAAUUAAGAAAGAAUGUGGUUGGCGCGAGCAGCGACUGUUCUGAGGAUGAGUUGGCUUCUUAAUAUCAUGAGCAUUGGAGUAUCGUGUAGGGAAAGAGGUUUAGGAACAACCUUAUCAUUUUGGCUUUAGAUUGCGAU